AUGUCUAUUUCUCCCAUUGUCUUGCUCUGGUCUGUAGUGUCCGUCUUAGUGUCGGUCGCGUGCACGAUCAGUUUUGUGUUCCCCAGCUGGAUCACACACCCGGAUUUAUUGCACUCUUUUGGGAUGUUCAACUACUGUGUGAGAAAUACCCGCACGUCGUUAACGACGUCCACAGCGUCCACGUGUUUGACAUACUCCCAUGCCACAAGCGUCGCAAAGAUUCCGUCUGGGGCGUGGAACGCGUCUUGCAUUCUGUUCGGGAGUGGGUGUGUCUUUCAGUGUGUGGCCGCCAUUGUGUCAGUCGGGGUGGUGUUUCUACGGAAAAGAUGGCACCGAAGAUUAGCGGUGGCCGAUGGCUAUCUACAAACAGUGGCAGUCUUAAUAAUGACGGCUGGAUUGCUCAUGUUCCCCAUGGGAUUCGACACGCCCUUCUUCCGGUACUACUGUGGGGAGAAAUCUGGACAGUACAACUCGGGACAUUGUUCCAUUGGCUGGAGCUACAUGCUGGCAAUACUUGGCGUGGCUAUCUCCAUCUUUUGUCCAAUCCUGUCCAACUUAACAGACGCAAAACAUAAUGAAGACGAUAUGUUUGAAUUUUUGUGA